AAACAAGAAAGUCAUCUGAAAGUCGUCUGAAAGUCGUCUGAUCCGUGCGACUUUCCCUCAUAAUCAAUCCUUCAAAAUGCGCCCCACGGUCGUCAUUGACAACUACGACUCCUUCACCUGGAACGUCGUCGAAUACCUCGAUGCCGUCGGCGCUGUCGACCUCCAAGUCUACCGUAACGACAAGAUCACCCUCGAGGAACUCGUUGCGCUGAACCCGAGUAAACUGGUUGUGAGUCCUGGUCCUGGACACCCCGAGACGGAUGGUGGUAUCUCUCGAGGCGCGAUUGAGUACUUUGCGGGUAAGAUCCCGAUUUUGGGUGUUUGUAUGGGCGAGCAGUGUAUCUUCUCCGUGUUUGGUGGAAAGGUUGAGUUUGCGGGUGAGAUUGUGCAUGGAAAGACUUCGACCAUUACGCAUGACGGAAAGGGUAUCUACCGCAACGUUCCCCAGGACAUCGCCGUGACUCGUUACCAUUCUUUGGCUGGAACGCAUGCUACGCUCCCGCCUUCAUUGGAGGUCACCUCGAGAACGGAGAGUGGUGUCAUUAUGGGUGUGAGACAUAAAAAGUACACUGUCGAGGGUGUCCAGUACCACCCCGAAUCUAUCCUCUCCGAAGAGGGUAAACGCAUCUUCCGCAACUUCCUCGACCUCGACUGCGGAACCUGGGCUGAAGCCGAACGUCUCCAAAAACCCGACGCAUCCGUCUCCUCCGCCGCCCCCGCCAAAAAGUCCGGCUCCAUCCUCGAUAAAAUCCACGAGCAGCGUUUGGUCGAUAUCGCACAAGCCAAGUCCACCCCCGGAUUCCGUCGCGAGGAUUUGGAGACGUUGGUGAGGUUGAACGUGUGCCCGCCACUCAUCGAUUUCCCUGCGAGGUUGCGUCAGACGUUGCCGGAAUAUCCUGCGCUCAUGGCUGAAGUUAAGCGUGCGAGUCCUUCGAAGGGUGAUAUUGAUAUCUCGGCGAAUGCGGCUGCACAGGCUUUGCUUUACGCUCGUGCAGGCGCGUCGACGAUUUCUGUCUUGACAGAGCCCCACUGGUUCAAGGGAUCCCUCUCCGACCUCCGCGCCGCACGCGACGCAAUCGGAACCCUCCCCAACCGCCCAGCAUUGUUGAGGAAAGACUUCAUCAUCGACACCUACCAGAUCCUGGAAGCCCGCGUCGCGGGUGCCGAUACCGUUCUCCUAAUCGUCGCCAUGCUCUCUGACGCCGAGUUGAAGGAAUUAUACGAUUUCGCCAAGAGCUUGGGCAUGGAGCCCCUUGUCGAGGUCAAUAAUGCGGAGGAGAUGAAAAGGGCGUUGGCAAUUGGAUCAAAGGUUAUUGGUGUUAACAACAGGAACUUGCAUUCGUUUGCCGUGGAUUUGGGGACGACAUCUAACUUGGCUACUAUGGUUCCAGAGGGUACGACGCUGUGCGCUUUAUCAGGUAUCACCGGUCCCGAGGACGUGAAGAAGUACGUGUCGGAGGGUGUUGGAGCCGUGUUGGUUGGUGAGGCAUUGAUGCGCUCGACGGAUAAGGGCGAGUUCAUUGCGUAUCUCUUGGGGUAUGCGGAGGAGAGAACGAAGGUCGCCAAGACUGAGCCGUUGGUCAAGAUUUGUGGAACGAGGACAAGUGAGGCGGCGGUUGUUGCUGCGGAGGCUGGUGCGGAUUUGAUUGGGAUGAUUUUCGUGAAGGGGAGUAAGAGGUGUAUCUCUGUUGAGACUGGAGUUGAGAUCGCGACUGCUGUCAGGGCACGGGCUGGUGAGGUUAAGGAGUCUAAGGUGUCUGCGGAUGUGCGGACGGGAAAGAUCCCGGCGGCGAAUGAUUGGUUUUCUUAUCAUCUUAACGCUAUUCGGUCUGCACCACGGAGACCAUUGUUUGUUGGUGUUUUCCAGAACCAGCCGUUGGACUACGUGUUGGAUGUCACCAAGACCGUUGGAUUGGAUUUGGUCCAACUUCAUGGUCAGGAAGCGAUUGAGUGGGCACACCUCAUCUCCGUACCCGUCGUCCGUGCAUUCAGACCUGAAGACAGGGAUAUGUCAAGACGGGGAUACCACGCCGUCACCCUCCUCGACGCUACCUCAUCCAACGGACAGGCCGGUGGACUGGGCAUCAAGUUGGAUUGGGGUGCAGUUAAGAAGGUCGUGCAGGAUGGAAAUGAUGUUCUCCUUGCUGGAGGCCUGGAACCGGAGAAUGUUAGGGAGGCGCUGGAGAAGACGGGUGCGGCGGGUGUUGACGUGAGCAGUGGGGUUGAGACGGGUGGGAAGCAGGAUUUGGAGAAGAUUAAGAAGUUUGUCCAGGAGGCCAAGUCCGUGAAGGCCUGA